CCGACUAAGAAAUGUAACUAGCUAACUAGCCUAGCUAGCUAGCUAUCAUCAAGCUAGCGAAUUGGCUAACUGGCUAGACUAGAAGGUAAAGCAAAUGGCCAGGUUAGUGGACUAGGACUAGGUUAGUAUAGUGAACAAAAAUAACAAAACUCCAUUGUAGUACUAUCAAUAUACCAAAUGUUAAAUCGGCCAACUUGGAAGUAUCUCUCUUUGGUUUGCGUAAGCGAGUCAGUACCUGCCCAGCUAGCUAACUACUUGAUUGCCUGCUAGCUAGCUAGCUAAAUGGCAUCAUUUAACGGAGAAGUUUCUGGAGGCAGUCACGUGCUGGUGGAAGUCGUCCCUGAUAUUCACAUCUGUGGCAUCUGUAAGCAGCAAUACAACAAUGUUGAGGUUUUUCUUUCCCACAAGCAAAAUGGCUGCCAUGUGCCCUCAUCCAGCACAUCUGUCCCCAGCACUAUCUCCACAAUCACAGCAGAUUCCAGUGCGGAGUUUAUCUUUGAAGAAACAUACCAGGCUUGCGUUCCAAGAGGUGUCAAAAAGAUCCAAACCAAAGGGCAGAAAACACCUUCCAAAAAAUUAAAACCUGCAUUGACUUCAAAGAGACGUAGCUGUGGCUUCUCAGGUUGUUCCUUCAAAACUCAGUAUGGCCAGAAAGACAUGGAAAGGCAUCUCAAAACUCACACAGGUGAGAAGCCGUUCGAGUGCGAGGUGUGCCAGAAGCGCUUCAGCCGGCGGGACAAGCUGACCAUGCACAGCCGCUCGCACACGGGCGAGAAGCCGCACAAGUGCAAGUACUGCGCCUACGCCGCCGCCGACAGCAGCAGCCUCAAGAAGCACCUGCGCAUCCACUACGACGAGCGGCCCUUCAAGUGCCAGAUCUGCCCCUACGCCAGCCGCAACUCCAGCCAGCUCACCGUGCACCUGCGCUCACACACAGGAGACGCACCUUUCCAGUGCCACCAGUGUGAGGCGAAAUUCAAGAUCAACUCCGACCUGAAGAGGCACAUCCGGAUCCACUCGGGCGAGAAGCCGUACAAGUGCGAUUUCUGCGAGUACCGCUGCGCCAUGAAGGGGAACCUCAAGUCGCACAUUCAGAUCAAGCACGGCACAGAGAACUCCUACCGCUGCCCGGACUGCGACUUCCAGUGCGGAAACAAGACAGCCCUGCGGCAGCACUCCCGUGAGCACCAGCCCAGCCAGCCUAUCAAGUGCCCCAAGUGCAGUUACUCCUGCUCCAGCAAGGGGGCGCUCAAGAUCCACGAGAGGAUCCACUCGGAGGAACGUCCCUUCAAGUGCGAGUCCUGCAGCUUUGCCACCAAGCAGCGCAGCAACCUGGCCAUCCACCGCAAGAAGUUCCACUCGGAGGGCACCGAGAAGAGCAACGGCAAGGCGGCCAAGGGCGAGGAGGCGCCCAAGCCCGCCAGCUCCCGCUACCGGGCCAAGCUGGACGCCGCCCGUGCCUUCCGCUGCGACGUGUGCGAGGCCUCGUUCGUGCGGGAGGACUCGCUGCGGAGCCACCGCAAGCAGCACCGCAACGCCCAGAUGACCUUCCUGCAGCUGCAGAUGCAUCCCACGGACUCGGUGCCCUGCCCCCCGCCGGAGGUCGGCCACCUGCAGGUGCCCCUCACGCCGGGCCAGCUGCCCGCCUACGGCGACGGCCAGCUGAAGAUCAUCGUGGGCCACCAGCUGGGCCAGGAGGGCGCGUUCGUCCAGGCGACUACCGUGGACGUGCAGCAGGCCAAAGCGGGGCCGGUGCUCCUGGGCCCCGAGGGCCAGGACGUGGUGGUCAACCCCAUGAUACAGCAGGUGAACCUGCUGACGCCCGUGCAGCACAUGGUGCCCCACGGUGAGGACGGCCCUCUGGAGCACCAGACCGUGCUGUUCACCCAAAUCUCCCCGGGGCCCAGCGACCCCCUCCACCAGGCCCUCAUCCAUACGGCGGCCGGCGCCCCCCAGGACCCCACGGGUGCCCCGACCUUCAUCGCAACCUGCACCGACCUGGAGGGCCUGAGCGCGCUCAUCCAGGAGGGCGCCACCGAGGUGACGGUGGUGACGGAGGGGAACAGCCCCGGCGCCCCGGCGCCCGCCCCCAUCGCCGCUCCCUCCAUCAUCUGCCCCCCCGCCCAGGACCUGGCCAAGCAGGGCGUGGCGGUCCACGGCGACGCCGCCCCCGCCGAAGACGGCGGCCUUGUGGUCCCCAACAUCAGCAUCAGCACGCAGGGGGUCAUCAUCCACAGCCUACCUCUGGUGGUCUCUGCCCCACAACAGCCUCAGCAGCCGAUGGAGCAGCUCCCUCCUCAGAACAUUUACGCAGACACGCAGUCAGUGGACGUGAUUAUCGAGUAGUGGCCUCGGCCCGCCUGUCACGAUCGCGUGUCAGUGCUAGUCUCAUUAGUGCAGAGCAUUAACAGAUAGAUAUUUAUUUUUCGUUGUAGAUGAUUUCUUCAAAAGAGGACUCAUGACAACAGACCAGGUACAUUUGUAUAGAGAACUUGUCAGGACUGGAUCACUGAAAAUAAUGUUUGAAUAGAAUCGGUAUCGAAACGUUAAAAUUUAGACCGGGGAAUGCAAUAUGCUCAUCUUCACCAUAAAGUUUUUGACAAAAAGAAAUGUCUGUCUGCGUCAUUGAAAACCUGUGGUUUUUGUUGUUGCUUCUGUUGGCCUAAUAACUUCAGUGCAGAUGAGCAAGGUUGAUCGAACCACUUAAAGGUCAAUA